UAAAUGAGUAAAAGACGAAAAACACGAAAAAAUUGAAAAUUAACGGUGUAGAAAUUUGAUUGUGACGUAAUGUUUGCGGGCCGGAAUGUUUCCGGGCAUAUAUCGUGUGAUAUAUGCCCGCAAACUUUUAAAGAAAAAGGAAAAGAUGAAAUUGAAAGUAUAUAAUAAUGAGCCUUACAAAUAAAGAUAAUGUUGUAAGUCUUGUCAGCUGGAACCAGAACAUAUUCCUCAUUAAACUACCUAUAAUUAUCUAUCACCUCUGGUUUACUAAAAACAAAAGGAUAAAUGAUAAUACGUAAAAUAGGAAAGGUUCAAGCUGGAGUGGAAUAGCUGGGCAUCAACAAGGGCAGCAGCUAGAGGCAGAUGGAGGCAGUGUGUUGGGACCUCAUGUACCAGCGGGCAGGAAGAGAAUACACGUAGAUGAGAGACUCUGUGAUAAGAUGGUCAUCUGAUAAAACCUGGCUUGCAGAAAUCUGGGGGAAAUUGAGAAAUGGUUACCACAAUUUAUGACAGCUUCCUCGUUUAUGUUUUAUUAACAGCCUGGAUCGCUGCUGUUAAUAGGAUAUCUUCGCAAGAAGUCCCAUCGCAUCUAAAAGACAAGAAUUGGCAGCUGAAAAGUGACGAGGGCGAUGGCAGUGUAUAUUUCUAUGCAAGUAGUAUUGUUUUACAGCCCACUGUAUCUGUCGGAGGUGUGCAAAUACCUACAUGGAACUUAGUAGCAACGAAAACAAAUUUCUUGGCUUUUAGAAGCCCAAAUACAGUCUCAAUUGACUCUGAAGAUAAAUAUAUAUACAAAUGUUGGUUGUACAAGCAGCAGAAUGAGUCGCUUUUCUACUAUUUCCCCAUGACAGGCGUUUUCGAAGGUCAGAGGGUGUAUCUCUCUAUUGAUGGAAACUUGGAUAUCUGCGAUUUCUGUACAGAUAUCAACAGCGAGUUAUAUACUCUGCAUCAAGAAACAGUACCCUGUGGAUGCACUCCUCUAUGUUCAGAAUUGACCAUCCAGAACACCUGCACCGGAACUCAUUAUGAUACGUCGUCCACGAACUGUUUAAGUGAGCUCUCCACUUCAGUUUCUGUAUCCACAACCACGGAAGAGACUUCCACACAACAAAGCUCCGAGACUAGAUCAUUGAUUACGUCGCCUGCAUCAGAGACUUCCACCACAAUAAUGACGUCAACUGCGUCAGAGACUCCCACCACAAUAAUGACGUCAACUGUGUCAGAUACUUCCACCGCAUUAAUGACGUCAACUGCAUCAGCAAAUGACUUAUUAACUUCAGUAACUGUAGCCACAACAAACGAAUCUGUUGAAAGCACGGAUGGAAUAACGACAGAAAACGCACAAGGAACGACAAUAAGUGGAAAUAAAGAUAUUCCAGCAUCAGAAAAGUUAGGAAUGGACCCAGAUGACCUAUUAUGGGUUGUGUCGGGUAGUGUGAUGUUCAUUUACCUGGCUGCGGCCAUGGUUGGUUGUGGUUGUUGUUUAAUUCUUUUAGGAAGGCGGAGGAAGCAAAAGAAAAAAGAUAAGGAAUCGCAAGAAAGUUUGGUUCCCGGGAAAAGGACGUUUCAAAACAAUUUCAAUAUACUUUCUGGAUUGCCAUCAGUAUUUUACCGUAUUGAUGAGUAAUACUUCUCCGUUAUUAUUGUUAUAAGUUAUUACAUUAUAUUUUCUUAACGUUAUAAAUUAUUGGUCCUUUU